AUGGGUUCUUACUGGGCUGGAUUCCCUGGAUCCUUUGACAACUUUGAUUUCAAUUACCAGACUGAUUUUACCGGUUUAGGAGACGGAAUCUACCAGGAUGAUCAAUCUUUGUUAAAUAUUCCAUCUGCUUCUCCUCUUCCUCCUCUUCCAGAGCCAUAUUCACAACAGAAUCUUGCUGCUUCAGAUACUGAUUUCUCUGAUUCGGUUUUAAAAUACAUAAGCCAAGUUCUCAUGGAGGAGGACAUGGAUGAGAAGGCUUGUAUGUUUCACGAUGCUUUGUCUCUUCAAGCAGCUGAGAAAUCUCUCUAUGAAGCUCUUGGAGAGAAGUACCCGGAACACUCUCCGCCUCUCAUGACUACUUCUACUAGCCCUGUUCCAUUGGCUCAUAGUCCUGAUGGUUCGUCUUCAGGCUAUGCCUCAAGCACCACUUCCUCUGAUUGGAGUUUUGAUUGUUUGGAGAACAAUAGGCCUUCUUGGUUGCACACACCGGUCCCAAACAACUUUGUUUUCCGGUCUACUUCAACAAGAUCAAGUGGUGGUAACGCGGUUUUCGGGUCAAGUUUUAGCGAUGAUUUGGUCUCUAAUAUGUUUAACGAUACCGAACUGGCGUUUCAAUUCAAGAAAGGUAUGGAGGAAGCUAGUAAGUUUCUUCCUAAGAGCUCUCAGUUGGUUAUAGAUGUGGAAAAUUACAUCCCGGCGGCUUCAAGAUCCAAGGGGAAUGAUCCUACGAAGGAGAAUAACUCUGUUCCUUACAGAUUAACCGGAAAGAAAAGCCAUUGGCGUGAAGAUGAACAUGUGGCUGAAGAAAGAAGCAAGAAGCAAUCAGCUGUUUGUGUUGAUGAAACUGAGCUAUCUGAAAUGUUUGACAAGAUUCUUAUAUUUGGCCGGCCUGAAGAGCAACCUAUAUGCAUUCUUCACGAGAAUUUCCCCAAGGAACCAGCGAAAGCUUCAUCCUUCGGUAAGAGUCAUAAAGGCGAGACAACAACUCAGGCUGCUACUGGCAACAGUUACAUGAAAGAGACACCUGAUCUGAGGACACUAUUGGUCUCAUGUGCUCAAGCUGUCUCGGUUAAUGACCGUAGAACGGCCGAUGAGUUGUUAAGAAAGGUUAGGCAACAUUCUUCGUCUUAUGGCGAUGGAACAGAGAGAUUAGCUCAUUACUUCGCAAACAGUCUUGAAGCACGCUUGGCCGGGACAGGGACUCAGGCUUAUACCGCCUUGUCUUCCAAGAAAACGUCUGCUUCCGACAUGUUGAAAGCUUACCAGACGUAUAUAUCGGUCUGCCCAUUCAAGAAAACCGCAAUCAUAUUCGCUAACCACAGCAUUAUGCACUUGAGUACCAAUGCCAAAACCGUUCAUAUCAUAGACUUUGGGAUAUCUUAUGGUUUCCAGUGGCCUCCUUUGAUUCACCGACUUGCUUGGAGACGUGGUGGAUCUUGUAAGCUUCGGAUAACCGGUAUAGAGCUGCCUCAACGCGGUUUUAGACCGGCCGAGGGAGUUCUUGAGACCGGUCGUCGCUUGGCUAGGUAUUGCCAAAGGUACAAUGUUCCGUUUGAGUAUAAUGGGAUUGCACAGAAAUGGGAAACAAUCAAACUUGAAGACUUGAAGCUAAAGGAAGGCGAGUUUGUAGCUGUGAACUCUCUUUUCCGGUUUAGGAACCUUCUUGAUGAGACGGUGUCAGUAAACAGCCCGAGAGAUGCGGUUCUGAAGCUGAUAAAGAAGAUAAAACCAGACGUGUUCAUCCCUGCGAUCCUAAGCGGAUCCUACAACGCGCCUUUCUUUGUCACUAGGUUUAGAGAGGUUCUGUUUCAUUACUCUUCUCUGUUUGACAUGUGUGACACGAAUCUGACUAGGGAAGAUCCAAUGAGGGUUAUGUUUGAGAAAGAGUUCUAUGGGAGGGAGAUCAUGAACGUGGUGGCUUGCGAAGGGACCGAGAGAGUGGAGAGACCAGAGAGUUAUAAGCAGUGGCAGGCGAGGGCGAUGAGAGCCGGGUUUAAACAGCUUCCGCUUGAGAAGGAACUGGUUCAGAAGCUGAAGUUGAUGGUGGAAAGUGGAUACAAAAGCAAAGAGUUUGAUGUUGAUCAAGAUGGUAACUGGUUGCUCCAGGGAUGGAAAGGCAGGAUUGUGUAUGCUUCAUCUACUUGGGUUCCUAUGUAG